AGCCGCAUAAGUUGUCCCGCCAGACAAUCGUUCUACAAGAACCUCGAACAAGAAUAUAACAACAGGAAAGUGACGAAAAAACUAUAUUCACGACCGCCUACAAUGACGGAGGACUGCAAGAUCUUCACGUCAGACUUUAUUCGACACAUGACCCCGGACCAGAGCAAGAUGCUGCUUCCGAAACUUACCAAGAGGAAGUGUGCCCUUCCGCGCGUGGCCUGUCCAGCCAAGCGUCCCGUGACGGAGCAGCUGUCGGCUGAUCAGCCACUCCCGCGGCACCGCAGGGUCGCUCAGAACUGUUCAGCUUACAACACCAACGAAGGCAUGAGUGGGCACCUGAAAUACGGCGUAUUCCGAACAGCUCACAACCGCACGAAACGAAGCGAGAGAAUGCAGCCAGCGUACCGUUGUCCCGUGUCUCGCGUCCCUGUCACUCCUGAGCACCUGCACAUUAGAGAAAGAGGGAGGGAGAGAGAGGAGAAAGAAUUCACGCGGAUUCAGCCACGACUGUGGCGGCGAGUCGGUGAGCAAGGAAACCAAAAGCCAAAGGAUGCCCCCCUAUUGGUGUUCAGAGCUAUCGAAGAGACCCACCACAAACACCUGCACCGGUCCUCCGUCAUGCACCUGGACAUCCGCCCUCGCGUGUCGGACACACAUCAGCCUCCCAGCAGGCUCAACUCGCCAAGAAUCAUAGCCCACGGGAACAGGAGGCUCAUCCAUUGCCAAAGCCACAUGUCUCCGCUAUCACCGAAUAGAAUAUUUUCGCCAACUUACAGGAACCUAUCAAGCGAUGUACUAUCGUCGUGUUUUGACAGUCCAAAGCCCAAUUAUUUGCUGCCACCGAUGCAGCAAGACAGGCGUGGUCAACGUAUGUCUCCGCCCAGCUUCUGGAACGCUGCGUUGGGAAACCGUUUGCCUUCGAGCAGGAAUUCGUCCAACGCUCGCACCUUUUCACCGGACUUCGAGCUCAGUCGACGCGAUGCUUUCUCGCCUUAUAGAUUCCAACCAAAUCGGGAGCCGUCUUUCACACGAACCUUUUCAAGGAGCAAAGGUGUUCAAAGGGAAAUUCGGCAUAAGACUGGACCGUGCAACGCUGCAAAUCAUAUAAACAGGUUAGAUCCUAAGAGCGUGAAUCGAGAACACUCAUACCGCAGUGUCAGGUUGAAGAAUUGGUUGAGCAACGUCGCUGGUAUUAACUUAGAAGCUCAUAACUACAAGCCUAUUCUGAACCAGAAGCUAUCCAAACCGAAAUUUCACAGCCGAACAGCAAGCUAUAUGACUCACCGCGGAACACCUACUCAAGACGAGAGCGCGAAAAGAGUUCGCAACGCUCACACUUUACAAGCUAGAUCUGCGUCAAAAUCUGUGCAGAAAACUGUACAGGGUCACGAAGGGGUUCAUGAGUGUGAAGUCCAUAGGAAACCAGCGAGUCGAGGGUCGUUUUUACGGAGUACAAGCUGCAGGAGGAUCUCUUCUGGGACUAACGAUAGAACUUCAAACAGGACGUUCUUGACGUGUACAUGCAGCGUGUCACCCACGUUGGAUACCACUUCAGUUCGUAAAUCAAGAUCUAAAUCGUUGUCAUCAUCCUACAGGACUGUGUCGCCAGAAUUGAUACCUCCAGAAAAAGUGUCUAAGAAAGGAAUCAUAGGGUUUGCACGCUCGCAUAUAGUUUGUGCCACAACUGAGUCGUGUUGCCAGACUUAUUGAAGCAUUUCGUUUUUAAGACUAAACACAUUAACAGACGAACACGUUGAUAGUUGUUAUUACAUUACCCUGUCUACCGGGCUAGAUGCGUCAAGGUCACGGA